AUGGCGGCCACCGCCACUGCCUCAGAGGGGCCCAGGGGCCCCUUCGCCACCCCUGAGGCCCCGGGGGCCCCCCAGCAGUCUAUGGCGGGCCCCUCUGGCUUUGCCUCUACAGCCAACAACAAUGCUUCGGGCAGAGACGACCCUGCCACAGUGCAGGACAGGAACUUCGCCAUAUUCUUUGCCCAUUUUUUGAGGGUUUUUAAAGGGCCAGAUCCUUCAGCCGACGACCUGGAGCAAGCAGAAGCUGCAGAGGGGCUGCCUUCCGACAUCUCAGGCACGCACAAUAAGGAGCACUGCUACCUGCGCCGGCUGGCAGCUUCUCUUCGCCUUCUCUCUUCUUGCAAAACCCUCAAAGUCCAUUUAGCUGAUGUAGAGAGUUGGGCCCCCCAGGGGGCCCCUGUGGACGACGCAGGCCUGAAGUUGGCUCACCACAUCCGCAAGAACUACAUUAGGAUUCAGCCGCUGCUGCAGGAGCGGGUGCAGCAAAUGGCGGAUGAAGUGGCGCAGCGCAUUUCCUGCAACCCUGCUACGGUGUUUCUGCAGCUCCACGACGUGCCGCGAUACGUGCAUAGCAUAAGCAGCAUUCGCUGCAGCAUGCUUGGCAGCAUCUGCUGCAUCAAGGGUUUAGUCACCCGCACUACAGAUGUCCGCCCGGAGCUGCUGCACGGGGCUUUUCUGUGUGGGGACUGCGGCAAUAUAGAGGAGGGGGUGGCGCAGGCUUUCAAGUACACCCAGCCCGUCAAGUGCUCCAGCCCCCAGUGCCACAACAGCCUCGACUGGAGGCUGGUCACAGAACUUUCCAAAUUCAGCGACUGGCAAAAGCUGCGGCUGCAGGAGCCCUCGGGGGAGAUGCACGCAGCAGCAGUGCCGCGCUCCAUAGACGUCAUCGCCAGGCACUCACUGGUUGAUUGUGUUUACGCCGGCGACGUGGUGUUGGUCACGGGGGCUUUAAUUGCUGUGCCAGAUAUUCCAGCGCUUCUAAAGCCUGGAGAGCUGCCGCGGUCGGUCUCGCGCCAAGCGCGGCAGCGCUCAGAAGCCCUCGGGGGCAGCGCACUUCGAGGGCUUAAGGGUUUAGGGGUUAGGGAGUUGAACUUCAAGAUUUGUUUUUUGGCAAUUAACAUUGAGUCUCUUUCCACGGCGCAGCAGGAGCAGGCCGCCGACGACGGCAGAGAACUGUUUCAAGCCAGCGACUUUCUAAGCAGAGGAGCCUUCGAGUGGAUUCGAGAAGUUGCGGAGCGCCCAGAUUGCCUUUCUUACCUCGUUCGGAGCGUUGCGCCCAGAGUGUGGGGCUACGAAGAUAUCAAGAAGGGAGACCUCAACAUGUGCAUUGUGGGGGACCCUUCGACCAGCAAAAGCCAGCUGCUGACUUGGGUGGAGUCUUUUGCCCCUCGAGCGGUUUUUGCUUCCGGCAAGGGCUCCACAGCAGCGGGGCUCACCGCCGCAGUCGUCAGAGAUCCGGACCAGGGAGACUACGUGUUGGAGGCAGGCGCCCUCAUGUACGCUGACCAAGGGAUUUGCUGCAUCGACGAGUUCGACAAAAUGGAUGAAAAAGACAGAGUGGCGAUUCACGAGGCAAUGGAGCAGCAGACAAUUUCAAUAGCCAAGGCUGGCAUUCAGGACCGUGUGGGGCUGGCUGGGGAUCGUGUGAGAUCGCCUGGGAUCGCCUGGGAUCGCCUGGGAUCGCCUGGGAUCGUCUGGGAUCGUGUGGGAUCGUGUGGGGUGCUGGGGCUCAGGCGACGCGCGCGGGCGAGCGUGCUGGCUGCAUGCAACCCGCGCUUCGGGCGCUACGACCGCAGCAAAAGUUUUGCUGCUAAUGUUCAUAUUCCUGCGCCGCUGCUGUCGCGCUUCGAUUUGCUUUUCACUUUAAUUGACGAGGCUGACGAGGCCCGAGACAGCGCCAUCUUCGACCACCUCGCCGCUUACCACAUGAGCCCUGAGGACGCCGCAGCAACAGCAACAGCACAAGCAGCAGCAGAUUCUCUAACUCAAGAUGAGCUGCGCCUCUACGUCGAGUGUGCGCAAAAGCUCAAACCCAUCAUGACCGACGAGGGCAAGCGGCGGCUGAUGGAGGCUUACGUGGCGCUGCGGCUGAUGGACGCGCAGCCAGGGCUGCAGCACAACAUGAGGAUUACUGUUCGUCAAUUGGAGUCUCUCAUUCGCUUAUCGGAGGCGGUCGCUCGCCUUCACUUCAGCGACUUCGUCCGAGAGGAGCACGCGAAAGAAGCCGUCAACAUAUUCAGAGCUUCUCUCCACCGCAUAAUGCACACAGAAGACAUCCGGCUGACUGAGCCAGCAGCAGCAGCAGCAGAGAGCGACAAGCGGCAGGAAGGCGAAGGCGAGGACGGCGCUGCUGCUGCAGCAGCAGCAGGACCGCAGCAGGAAAUGCACAUUUCUCAAGACGAUUACAGACGCAUAGCUUCUCAAAUAAUAGAUUACAUUUCGCAAAAAGAAGCUGCAGCAGCAGCUGAAACUGACUCCUUCCAAGGAGUGUCUUCGCACGCGGUCAUUGAAUGGUGGCUAGAAGAUGUGCUGCAGCCAGAUGACGCAGAAGUACUGGAUGAAUGGUACAGAAAGCUGCGGCUGAUUGUGCAGCGGCUGAUAGACCAAGACGGGUAUUUGCUGGGCCAGCCAGUUCCUGGGGGCGGCGACGGCGAGCUGCUGCUGCGGGUGCACCCGAACGUCUGCGACAUCAGCAGCAGCAGCAGCAGCAGCAGCGCAGUGAUGGCCUUCGGCUACAAGUCCUUUGGCUUCCAGGAAGACACGGAGGCAGCAGCAGCAGGAGCAGCAGCAGCAGGAGCAGCAGCAGAUGACGGCGACCUCACUACGGAAGAAUUCGAAAGGAUUCAGCAGCUCAUUGAGCAGGGCCCCCCCGAUGCUGAUCUUGAUCAAUAA